UUGAAUUUCGUUUGAGAGUUUUUAGUAGUCAUCUUCAAACAUCGGGUAUAGCGACACCUAGUAAAGGUGUAAAAUACAUAUAAUUCUAAUAAAAUGGCAAUUUGAGUGAACAAUUUAAUUACAACUACAGUAGAAUAUGUAGUAUUUAUUAGUAGCAUUAUGCUAACGUUAUUAAUUUUAACCUUUUGUAUAUCAUCCAAAUGAUUUAUUUAAUAUUUUUUUUACUAAACGUAAUAUGUGACGCCGCACCUGGACAUUACGAAUGCGGUGUGCACGGAAGGUUUGAGUAUUGCCUUGAUGGUUUCCCGGGCUGCGUCAUCGGUUGCCACUGCUACCCGGGCUAUUACUUCGACACCGAGUCUAAGAUAUGCGAGCCCAACACUAAACUGACACAUGACUAUAGGCGCCAUAUGAUACCUAUUGGAUACAGUGGACACAGUGGCGCGCUAGUACCUCCAUAUCCAGCAGUACCGUCUCAACCACCAGUGGUAACUGCCAGCACCGACGAUCCCGCUCAAGACAGCGACAACAGUGACCUCAGCGACUGGCUCUACAACCAGUUCUUUAAAACUAUAGAAAGUCAAGUUGUCAACAAGACAGACGACGAGCCCUUGACGACGGGGACGAGAAGGAGCGGUGCGUCAAUAGAACCAUUCCUCACACGAAGACAUAGUCACAAAAGAAGAAAGUUUAAGAAAAAACGCAGUUCGCGUAAAAAGAUAAUGAGGGAUGAUGACGAGGAUAGCGAGGACGAAUCCAGCUCCAGUUCCGACUCGUCAGAAUCAGACUCCGAUGAAUCGUCAGGUGACCUGGGCAGCUGGGAGCGUUACGAGUGGGGCCCGCGCCCGGACGGUCCGUCUAAAGGGCCGGCCGAUGCCCACAGGCAGAUAGUCAUGUACAGCAAAAAGCCUAAACCACCGCUACCGUCAUUUAUUUUCUUACCAAAUAUGGGAACGGCAUUUUUCCCGCCGUUAGGACUACCCGCUCCGGCUAUACCGAUGUACCCUAUGGUGCCCAUCCCUCCAAUUCAUCCGGGUCCACCAGAUUAUGACCAAACUACUGCAGCGACAACAACAACUGCCCCGACUACGACGACGGCGUCCACGCCGUCAGCGCCGGAGACGAACACGACGACGACAACGACGACCACCGCGGCGGCCGACACGCCUGCCAAGAAAGUCUUGCGAACUCACAAAUUGCUUAAUACAUUCCGUCCUCCUCCUAUCAAAAAUCAAAUCAAACCACAAGCGAGACAAGUAUUCAAACCAUCGCCACCACCACCACCACCACCUUUGCCACCUAUGGACUACCCUAUGAAUCAUAUUGAAGACAACUAUUACGAUGACAUAUUUAUGGGAGACAAUAAUUUCCUCCUGGAACACGGUGACAAAAUGAACGCCAGCCCUGACUUCAAAUAUAUAAGUGAACUUAUUCAUAGGAACACCAAUGAAAACAACAAAAGCGCAUUAAAACCGCCCAAUAUGCUAAAUCCUCAGAAACAUGAACAAUUUCAGGGCAUGAAGCCUCUCAUACCUAAGAGAAGACAUCCCAUCACGCCCGGUCGCCUCGACGCCACGCGACGUCGAUUCGACUCGAAAAUAAACGAAAAGGACGACUCUUAUUACAGUACGUUAGGAAAACAAAUAGCAAAACUUAUUAGAGGAUUGGAUUCUGCAGAUGUACUUAGAGCUGACAUCAAAAUUGAAGCAACUGAGGAUCCUAAAACUGCACAUCCUUUUUUCAGUGAGAGUAGUUACGCGGCGCGCACUUACUGGGAAAGAUUUGUACGAUCUCCACUGAGUUUGAGAUUGAAAAAUUUCACAAACUACGAAGAUUUAAUAGCCAGCAAUGAAAAUUUGUUUGAACUGGAAAACCAAGUCCAGGAAGUAACGUCUGCUCCGGUUUUAAGUUGGCUAGAACUUGAAAAUGUUAUCAAUACAAUGGGGACAAUACGAAAUAAGAUACAUGGCAGAACGUUAAAGAACAAUUAUGAUAACGUGUCCAACGGUAGUCUUAAUGUUAGCCUGCUGCCGCGGUUUAGUCCAAAAAGUUUCGUAUCCCACAAACCGAAAAUAAAAACUGACGAUCACAUGUUUUUCGUAGAGUUCAACGAUAUUAUGAACAAAUUAACCAGAUCUCAGGAACAUCAAAAGUUAUCAAAAAAAGGGUUUAAAGAUAAAACAGUAGAACUUAACAAACAAUCUGGAACAAAUACUACUUUAGUAAAUAAAAUACACGGACACAUUCACCCUAACACAAACAUUCAUGUUCUGCGGUUUAAAGAUAAAACAGAAGUACUUAACAAGCAAUCUGGAACAAACAUUACUUUAGUAAAUAAAGUACCCGAACCCAUUCACCCUAACACAAACAUUCAUGUUCUGCGGUUUAAAGAUAAAACAGAAGAACUUAACAAACAAUCUAAAAAUGGAACAAACGUUACUUUAGUAAAUAAAGUACCCGGACCCAUCCACCUUAACACAAACAUUCAUGUUCUGCGUAGUGUUGUUUCCACACAAAAACCAAUGUUUUUAACUUCGCGUAAAAAAGGUACAAGAGACGCCGAGGUACAAGUAAAAAAGGAUCGGGACAACGAUAAAAUUGGUUAUUUCAUUAAGAUUAAUAAUAAACCUCAUGUGUUUCAAGCAUCCACUUACGUAAGGUCGAAUAAGUAUUUCUUUGACAGAGGCAUCAACACCGAUAAUCAGUUCGAAAAUUGGGCUAUUUAUUAGCACGUAGAAAAAUAUGUUUUUACUCGUAGAAAACUAAAGCAGUGGAACUUUCUAAGUAUAUAUUUACUUCCAAUAAUAAGACCAAUUCUCAAACAGAGUGUGCUCGCUGUAAUCCAGCGAGUGUUUACGAUACACAAACUCGGAGUAACAUGCCAAGUCCGGCUGCAGUGCAGUGGAUACCCGCGCAGUACGCUCCGUCCUGCUACCGAGCUUGCCAGUUUUCACAAACUGCGUCCUGACUAUCGCUGCAAACAUUAGGAGAUUGUUGCAACGCUCAGUGUGUAAAGGGGAAAUGUAGGCAGCGCAGUAUUAGAUAUCGUUUCGCGUGGAAGUAGGAAUAAACGGUAAUCCUGUUGUAUUCUUCACAGACAAUUUAAUUCCCAUUUCAUAACGCGCGACGUGCAGGCCGCGAUGCCGGCGGCGGCGGCGUGGCACAGCGGCUGCAUCUCGCUUAGCUUAUGUACCAUCAGCAAGUUGUGAAUUCGAGCGCAAGGGACGCGAUCACGCCGCUUGCACUGCUGCUAGUAUUCCCACUUCCAUUAUAGCCAACUUAAUCUCCUCGAUACGGGAUUUCCAUAUUUUGAACUCGCUUCUAACAUUUCCAUUUAAGUCGCAAGUUGUGAGCCGAUUAUUAUAAUUGUCGACCGAUGUAAGCAUAUCGAAUAGGUAGUGCCGAACUAAAGCUGUAUAAAUUGUCGCAAUAACAGUUACAUGCAGGUCGCAUCGACCAAUUCAGUUGGGUUCAAAUGGUGUCGUUUGAACGGGUUUUGGAAUGUAAAUAAAGAUUUGAAUAAA